AUGUGGAAUAUGAUGUGCGAUGUGAUGCCGACAAUAUCGGAGGAUGCGAUAGCUCAACGGAGCUCGCAAUUCCCCGCCGAUGAAGCGAAUUUCGAACAACUUAUGGUGACUAUGUUGGAUGAAAGAGAUAAAUUAGUGGAGAGUUUACGGGAAACUCAAGAACGGUUGAGCGAAACUGAGGCGAAAUUAGCAGAAGUUGAGAAGGAGAGAGACUCAUUGCAAAGGCAAAUCUCUGCCACCCUACCCCAGGUGAGUACUACGAAACUACUAUCAAACCAUUCAGUCUCCCCUCUCCCAUUGCAUCCGAUUUGAACCUUUAUUGAUUCCUCCCGGCCUACCCUCAGAAUAUGAAAACACCGAUUUAUAGCUUUAGUUGCUUAUGCAUUGUUUUAUUACCUGUCAUUUAUGUAUUUCCUCAACUCCAUACAUUUUAUCGCUACUUUACAGAACAUAUAAUUUAGGGAGCCAUUUUGACAUUUCC